CGUGCUCCAACAAAGUGGACAAUGUUUAUGUUACUUAGCAGAGUAUUAAAAUCACAAGAAAGUAGCAUGAAUUUCCAGUUUUCGCAUGCAAGCAGAUCUCUCAUAGGAGCAGAAUUAAUGAGCAUGAGGGAUUUGUGAGCACUAGGCUUUUUCUUUUGUUGCUGUUUGCUAUAUUUGUUUUUGUUGUAGUUGUAUUGUCUGUCGUCCCUCGUCUAAUCUUGUGAUGUCCACGACCUUGUUGUAGACGCUUUUCAACAUGACUGAAGACGUAUCUUCGAAACUGAAACAUCAAGCUAGUACAUUUUAUCGUUAUAGACAAGUUAGUACUUAUGUAGACGUAGUGGAUGACCACUGCUAGAAAUAACAACGACCACUUGAAGUAGAAGACAACAUAAAAAAGAUGGCGCAUCUGUAUAAGGAGAUUCUACCAGCAAAGUCGGUGUACGUCGACCGGAAGAGCGGUAUGAGCGUUAGUGAGUGGAAAAAGGCCCUCGAAGUAGCAGCGACCCUCUACAUAGGGAAUCUAUCGUUUUGGACGCAGGAAGAGCAAAUAUGGGAGCUUUUCUCGAAGUGCGGCAACAUAGUCGCCUUGACUAUGGGUUUGAACAAGUUGAAGAAACAACCCUGUGGGUUCUGCUUCCUCCAGUACAGGACGCAUGAGCAGGCAGUGUGCGCCCAGCACGUGCUAGACGGUGCGAGACUAGACGGACGGGCAUUAACAGUGGAUUUGGACCCAGGAGUCUCGGACGGACGACAGUACGGUCGAGGGAUAGAGUCGGGAAACCAGUGCAAAGACGAGUUUCGGAAGGGAUUCGAUCAUCAGCGAGGAGGAGAGGGAUUAGACCUUCUGAAAAAGGUAGAAUUCUUUCUUCUAAAUUUUCGUUUUGGACUCUUGUAUCUGCAUGAAUUGUGGUAUGGUAAGCAAUUCUAGUUCUGCUUUGCUGAUGCUCAGUAAACAAUCUUCUGAAUUUCGUGAAAUCAGAUUUACAACUCGUAUCUACAGCUUUUUUAUCUAGGAGGUGGGGGGAGGUAUUCUCAUCAGGUGAGAAAGAUAAUUCUUAUAGUUUUUCUUAAUCAACUUUUCUUUUUCUCGUCAGGUGGAAGGAGCCGAAGGGAGUAUAUACACUGGUAAAACAAAAUUCACGCAUGGUAAAGCCUUCGAAGAUCAAAAUAAAAAGCGAAAAAACGAGAACGGCAAUGGUGGCGCAGCCUCUUCAUCUGCGAAGAGGCAAAAAACUAAAUGAACUACGAGCCCUAGAGUGCAGCAGGAGCAGGGCAAAAGACUAAAUGAACGAGCCCUGCUGCAGCAGUUUUUACUGGAGUAUCAAACAGCGACCUGCGACUCUCAACAUCCAACGAAUCUAUCAUCCCCAUUUUCCCAAGCUCGCGCAAAGAAAAGAAUUGCUGUCCUUUGGGUUGAU